UUUACAAAGUUGUGCCGUCGUGAACGGUUUUGCACGCGCUUAAUAAGAAAGUGAUUUCUUUAGUGAACAUAACGAACGCUACCGUAACGAAUCCAGCAUGGAAAUCUACACAGUGAUUGCGUUCCUGUUUGUGAUACUGUUUGGAAAUGGUAUGGCAUUGAAAUGCCGUAACUGUCUCAGCUCGAAAAGCUUCGAAGAAUGUGAAAAAAUGGGAGACAUAGCAGAAUGCAAUGCUACGAUCGUUAACGCGAACCAUGAAACGUUUAAGCCCGACAAUCCAACUUUAUCCCAAGGCAAUGGGACGGAAUUCAAGUGCUACCGGAUACAAGUAGCACGCCUUUUUCCAAACAACACCGACAGCGGACUGCGCGGUUAUGCUCGUGGGUGCACAUUUCUUAAUACGACCUUUUGCAGCGGUUGGAGCAGUACGCUGAAUCUUACCAGCUGUUCGACGUGCACUACCGAUAACUGCGAUCAGUAUCCUCCUGUUGCUCCUACUCCUGCACCUACUCCUAAUGGUGCCGGUGGACUAACGUUUACAAGUCUGACAAGUUUAGGGUGGUUGAGCAUCUUGCUCGCUUUAGCAGCCCGGUAAACUGGUCCGUUUCGAUUUUCCAAUAAAAAAAAAACGUUAAAAACUAAUGCUUCCAUAUUUGUAACAAUAGUAAUGAGAUGAUUUUCCGUUGAAUAAAUUGCAUAAUUUCGUACCAUAUUGAAUGGAACUGCAAACUGGCUUGUAAUUGCUAAC